CCCACCGAUAACCUUGGAAUUUCCACUGCUGUAUAAAUGACAACAACGUCAUCUGUGGUGAGGGAGUAGUUCAUCAAAUGUUUAAGCAUAAUGGCGGAAUUAAAUACAUCAAGCCGUGGUCAGUCCAGCGGCAGAUCGGUCCUUGUCCUUGGUAUCCCUCCAUCUGUGACAAAGGUGAGGCUUACCAUACAUUUCCAGAAGAGGGUCUUCGGAGGCGGUGACGUGGAGACCGUCGUGUUCCCAUUUGAUAAGACGAUGCCCGAUGGUGCUAUUGUGACUUUCCAAAAAGAACAAGUUUUAGAAACCGUCUUCAAAUAUCCCCAUCGUUUGUUAGAUGCAGAAUUGACUGUGGUACCUUUACCUCAGAUUUUCUCAACCGUCGAAGCGACUGUCGGCCUGAGUGUAACGCAACUGUUUUCAACGGUGGGAGAGCUGAAAUCGUAUUUCAGAAACCUUUCAGAUGAGUUUAACGUACAAACCAAAUACACCACUGAAGUCGACCAGAAAGUCAUCCUUGAAGGCACCGUGUACAAUAUACAAAAGGCCCAUCGUUCCCUCUUUCUUGAGUACGCGAAGCGUUCACAAAAUGUAAAACCAGAGAACGCCAAUACGGGGGCAAGCACUUCGGAUCAUGGGGCUGUACUGUCCAGAAACAUUAACGGUACCAAAACUGGGCAAAAACCAACUUGUUCUGAUUCAGAAGUGUUUUCGAUGAACAUAAGGGACCUAGAAAUCACUUCCUCUAAGGAGCCAGCGUUGGGCCUUGAGGCGAGUCAGCAACCAGAGAUAUCACGUGAUCAGUACGCAGGGAAGAAUGUAACACGUUCGGUUCCUGAAGAGGACACCAGUAUUGUCAGUAUUGUCCAACCACCACGACAUAGCCGACGGUUUGUCAAAACAGAAAACACUGGUGAGCGUUCACACACCCCAGCGGCUCAUGGUGUUUUGUCAAAUUGGUCAGCUGGGGAGAGGACACAAAUUAUGCUUAACAUGCCUGAACACCGAUAUGGAGCCAACGAAAGUCAACCUAACAUUGCUAAUCAGAGUGACCCCAGCAAAAUGACACUUUCGUGCUCAGGACAGUCAUCUGAAGCGUCAGCAGUUGAACAUUGCGAGACCAAAGAAUUGCAGAACGAAAAAUGUGAUUUCGCCCUAGAUAAAGCGGUGCACAAUCCCAGCAACAUAGAAGAAGACGAGGUAAACCAUUCCGUUUCAUUUGACGCCGAGGCGACACGACUAAAUUCAAACAUCAUGGGAGAAGUACCUUCACUUCGAGACCUUCUCCAGACUUUAAAAGAAUGUAGCAGUUCUGCAAACUCGGCAAUUGUGGAAGAAAAAUGGCACACGGAUGAACCAAGCUCCGAUUCCAUAUUACAGGAUUUGCUUAGAUUGGAUGGUCACCCUAACCCCGAUCAGAAUGCAAAGGGGGACUAAGAUGGCGCAUUGUUACCCGCUUAACUAGUUCCGUUAUGUCUUAUGGAUGAGAAGGGUGUUAUUUAAAUCAAAGUAAAACGAUUUUAAAUAUUAUGUGGCUAAUAUCAGACUUGUUUUUAACAUUAAAUUCCAUUUCUUGCACUGCUACUUUUGAAUUCUGACCAGUAGCUACAGGAGUUUGAUGGGAAAGGGGUCGGUAUGGAAAAUUGGUGCUUUUCAUUAAUAUUAAGCCAAAGAGGCUGAAGUGUUUGAAAUACACUGCGAUCAGUUUUGCUUUGAAGGAAGAGAGAGAUAAAACUUUAUUCUAUCAAAAUGAAGCAUUUGAUUGAUAAUAAUGUACGACUGCAUCAAAAGCACAUGAAAUUGAUAACUGUCAAGAUAAAUCAUCGAUAAAUAAGGUCCUGCACGAAGGCUUAUGACUGAGAGAAGUGAUUA